AUGACCAACUCUUACCUCCCAGCUUCCUUCAGAGGCUUCCUCUCCUGGCCCGUUCGCCGAGACGAUGCCCCCCAAUCCAAGAGCGACAGCAUCCUCACCAUGGGUAUUGUCGGCGGCAUCAUUCUUCUCUUUAUCGUACCGCCCACCUGGUACUUUAUCGCCAGGACCAUUCGACUUCGACGGGCAAGGCUUAAGGGGAAGGAUGUUGAGCAGGGCGUGCAGAGUCAGAGCCAGUGA